GGACUACAUCGCACCGAAGGCGAACUCCGGGAAGUGUUGCCAAGGACUCCUGAUCACGUUGAACUUGGUGAACACCAUCCUGCGCCAUCCUGCGGUGCGGCGGCAGCAGACUGGGAAGUUACCGCAGCGGCCGAGCCGGCUGGGUGGAUUCUGUAAGAUGAACCUCAUCUGGAGCUUGCGUCUGCACCUCCCUGCGGACUUGCCGGGCUGCAGGCAGGAAAUCCGCCGCCUGUGAUUGGAGGGCUGGUGCUGGUGGGAUAAUGAACUUGGUAGUGUCGGCAGAGGUGAUUGGCCCGGCCCUGCUGCAGUGAGGUUGCAGACUGGAUGGGCGGCCGGGGCUGGGGGAGAGCGCCGGCGGCUGAAUGACUGCGAGCUCCAAGUUGCUUUUGCCCCCAGGAGAGGUCUGUUUGGCUAUUGCUUUAUCCUUACCCCCUCCUUUUUUUUUUUUUUUUUUAAAGCUAAACCUUUGAUCACUGGCCACCUGUAGAAGUGAGUUUUAUUGAAGAAGCCCAGCUGCUGUCCUUAUUGCCAGCAGCCUAGGAGGCUCCCUUUAGAGUGAGCUACUUCUCAGGCCAGGCACGACAGCAGUGCUAGUGAAUUUGAAAUAGCAGGAAACAGCCCCUGCAUGCAGAGCUUCCCGCCUGAGAACUCCCCAGGCUAGGCCUCCAAGCAGCUGUGUAGCCAGAGACCCUUGGUAUUGUGGUCACAUCCCUCCAAGUGGACGAUCACCAGCAGUGGUGUUUGGAGGAAGCCGGGAUGCUGCAGAUGCUGUGGCAGUUUCUGUCUAGCUUUUUCCCUAGGGCUGGGUGCCAGGACUCCAGAGAGGGCACGGAUCAUGAAGUCAGAGGCACCCAGGCUCCUGCUCCGGGUAACCAGAUGUCAAGCUUUUUUGGGAAACAAGAUGGAAGGGCUGAGGCCACCGAAAAGAGACCCACCAUUUUGCUGGUGGUUGGACCUGCAGAGCAGUUUCCUAAGAAAAUUGUGCAAGCUGGUGACAAAGACCUGGAUGGGCAGCUGGACUUUGAAGAGUUCGUCCAUUACCUCCAAGACCAUGAGAAGAAACUGAGGCUGGUGUUCAAAAGUUUGGACAAGAAAAAUGAUGGACGAAUCGAUGCACAGGAGAUCAUGCAGUCCCUGAGGGACCUGGGAGUCAAGAUCUCCGAGCAGCAGGCAGAAAAGAUUCUCAAGAGCAUGGACAAGAACGGCACGAUGACCAUCGACUGGAACGAGUGGAGGGACUACCACCUGCUGCACCCCGUGGAGAACAUUCCUGAGAUCAUCCUGUACUGGAAGCACUCCACGAUCUUUGAUGUGGGUGAGAAUCUGACGGUACCUGAUGAGUUCACUGUGGAGGAGAGGCAGACAGGGAUGUGGUGGAGACACCUGGUGGCAGGAGGUGGGGCAGGGGCCGUUUCCAGAACCUGCACCGCCCCACUGGACAGACUGAAGGUGCUCAUGCAGGUGCACGCCUCCCGCAGCAACAACAUGUGCAUCGUGGGAGGAUUCACGCAGAUGAUUCGAGAGGGAGGGGCCAAGUCACUCUGGCGGGGCAAUGGCAUCAAUGUCCUCAAAAUUGCCCCUGAGUCGGCCAUCAAAUUCAUGGCCUACGAGCAGAUCAAGCGUCUUGUUGGUAGCGACCAGGAAACGCUAAGAAUCCAUGAGAGGCUUGUGGCGGGUUCCUUGGCCGGGGCCAUUGCCCAGAGCAGCAUCUACCCUAUGGAGGUUCUAAAGACCCGGAUGGCCCUGAGGAAGACAGGCCAGUACUCGGGCAUGCUGGACUGUGCCAGGAGGAUCCUGGCCAGAGAGGGGGUGGCUGCCUUCUACAAAGGCUAUGUCCCCAACAUGCUGGGGAUCAUCCCCUAUGCGGGCAUCGACCUAGCCGUCUAUGAGACGCUCAAGAACGCCUGGCUGCAGCGCUACGCGGUGAACAGCGCAGACCCCGGCGUGUUUGUGCUCCUGGCCUGCGGCACCAUAUCCAGCACCUGUGGCCAGCUGGCCAGCUACCCACUGGCCCUGGUCAGGACUCGGAUGCAGGCACAAGCCUCCAUCGAGGGCGCUCCCGAGGUGACCAUGAGCAGCCUUUUCAGACAGAUCCUGAGGACCGAAGGGGCCUUUGGGCUGUAUCGGGGACUAGCCCCCAACUUCAUGAAGGUGAUUCCAGCCGUGAGCAUCAGCUACGUGGUGUACGAGAACCUUAAGAUCACUCUGGGUGUGCAGUCACGGUGACCGAGGGCAGGUGGACUUGCUGACCCUGGCUGCAGCCAGGGUGUCCAGCCAUCUCAUUCUGUGAAUGUGCCGACAACACUAAGCUGACUUAAGCCAAGCUGUGAAACCUGGCAGUGCGCAGGGAGGGGCGGGGAGACUGGCAGGCCUCGGCUUGUCCUGCUGACCUGCAGACCCUCGUGACCGUACCAGGGAGGGUCCCUGGGUUUCCUCAGGGUCCAGGGGUCAGCAGGACCCGGGCCCAUGCGCCUAGGCACAGGACGUUUCCUGCAGCGCCUGCCACAUAGCGAGCUUGGGGAUAGCUUUGCUCUUCCAUCUCGUCCCCACAGCCCGGCCCUGCCGCUGGCCCACUGAGUGUUCCUGUGCCUGUUUUGCGUCCCUCCCCCUGAUUCGCUGUGGUAGGAGUAGGGCCACCAGCCCACUCCCAGCCAUGAGAGGUGACUGCCUGCCUCUCAGACCCACCUCCGACCUGCUGUGUCAGCACAGGGCGUGGCCCGGGAAGAUGGGGGGUCCCGCUUGGGUUUCUGAGCUCUCACAGAGGGCGCCUGGGCGCACGCGCUGCCUGGUCUGCAGCGUGACUGGGGAGCUCGUGCUGGACCUGCAGUCCCCUGGCUUCGGUGCCUUGGUCUUGUGCUCUGAGCUGGCCCAGACUGUCAGGACUGGCACCAAAACCGAACUCCUCAUCCCCACUCUGUGGCAUAAGGGCAGUGCCCGGUCAUGUUUUAUUGCCAAGAGCAGAGUUUCUGCCCCGUAUCCGCCCUGCUGAGGGAUGGGCGGAAGGCCCUGGUCCUGUGCUGCUGGGGAGGGUCUUGGAGAGGCAGCUUGGGCAGUGCCCUGUUCCUUGCUCCCCAAGGAAGAUGGGGAGUGGGUGGCUGGACUGCACGAGGUCUGCUGACCCCCCAGGGAUUCGUGUCCAUCCCAGCGGGGGUGAGGUGGGACCAGCUCACAUUCCACUGAUGCGACACAGCACACUGCUUGGAGCCUAUUUAUUUUGUAUUUAUUUGAACAGAGUUAUGUCCUAUUUUUAUAGAUUUGUUUAAUUAAUAGCUCAUCAUUUUCAAGUUCAUUUUUUAUUCAUAUUUAUGUUCCUGGUUGAUUGUACCUUUCCAUCUCCACCUGGUGGGGGUGGGGGAGAAGAGGGAAGGGCCUCGGGAGUGACCCUUCCUGGGCCCACACCAGCGUCCUGUCUGGUCUGUCCAAAGAAGUUCCUCUCAGGACUGGAGACAGGAAGACGAGGGGAGAAGCCCCGACUAUGGAGAAUGCAUCCCUUAGCGCGUCGGCAGCUUGUCCCCAGGAGGCCUGAGACCUGGAGGGGGAGGGGCAGGUGAAAAAUCCCGGCCAUGGGUGGGUGACAGUCCCAAUCUUGCCUGGACAGGGAGGAGUUCUUUAUUUCAUCCUUUUUGAAUGACAGGGUAGUGAGAUGCCGCUCAUCUUGAGCUUGUGACAAGGGGGUAGGGCUGGAGGACAGGGUGGCCGUUUCCCCACCCCAGCCCGGAAGUGGGACCCUCCCUCGAAGCCCACAGCUGCCCUUGCUUGGUAAUGCUGGUCAGCUGGCCACUUGACAUUUGCACCUCCAUUCCCCAGAAUGGCCUGAUGAGGACAAUUUAAAUAGGAUGCAAAGAUCAAUGCAAAAAUUGUCAUAUAUAAAUAUAUAGUUAUAACUGGAAUUUGUCAAAGCAGAUUAAAGAAUUGGAAGUUGUCAUUCAAACAGCCUUCUAAUAAAGUUGUUUCAAAGCUGCUGACGGA